CUAGGCUCAACACGUGCGCUAAACGUAAUCGCUAUCGAAAUUUGUAUUUGCAACAUGGAAAUAGGCGAAGAGUUACGAAUAUGGCUGCAAGACACGAACAAAGCGUACACAGCACGCCUGGAAUUCGCAAUUAAAGUCUGGCAAUCACUGGACUUUGUGUAUGUAAACAAACACGAAGUCGUUUGCAAAUGGCUCGCAGAGACGAUCGCCGAGCAGGUGGAACUGCCCGUGGAGCAGCUGCAGCAACUGUUCAGCCUGCGUGCUCAGCCGGGUCUGGUAAGUGUCGCCACAAAAUCGGCAUUAAUUGAAUCGAUCUUGCAAUGCAUCGACAAAGCAGCUCCAGCCGAGGCAAAGGCGCAUCCACAGCUGCUGCAAUGCCUACUCAACUUUGAGCUGGUGCAGGAUGCACUGCGUGCCGACUACGAUCUGGUCAUGAGAAGCUAUGGCACACUCUUCAGCUGCUACGAGCGACAGCUGCUGAUUGUUAAUGUAAACGAGCCAAAGCCGCGACAUGCUGACUUUAUGCUGCCUCUGCUGCAGCAGCUGCGCGACUAUGUGCAACGAGCCCAGCAUCAGGAGCGUCUGCUUAAGGCGUAUGUGGGUGGGGCACUACAGCCGCUAUGCCAGCUAUUGCUACAGCUGCGAGAGCAUGGAUUUUGCUGCUUCGAACAGCUAGCCGCCUUGGAGAUGCAGCUGACCGAGCAUCUGGAUAUAAGUGCUGCAUGCGAUCUAAUGUCUGAGCAGCCCUUGCAUGUGCAUAUGCUAGUAAUGGAAUGUGCGCUGCUCAACCAUCGCUACAGUCCGCAAAAGCUAUACAAAUUGAUAACUCGAAUCGUAAAACAUCAAAGCUCGGACAAGAAGGAUGAAGACGGCAAUGUAGUGCAGACCAAGUGCAAGAAUAGCUCCUUGGCUCUACUAUUGACCACACAUGCAUUGGAGGCUCUGCGUCGCCACAACAUCCAGCUCAACUUUCCCGAUAAGAUCAAGCACACGGGCAUCAUCUAUGUAAGCAAGGAGUUGAUCGGCCUCGUCCGCAACAAUCGGGAUCAGCAGCUGGGUAAGGUGCUGCAGCUGCUCUGUGCGGCGUUGCGUCUUAAUCCAUUGCUGGUGGAACCGAAUGUCUAUCAGUUUACCAUUUGGAUGAUGUGCGCGAUCAAGCGUAACGAUCUGGAGCUGCAACUGUAUUCCGAUUAUCUCGUCCUGCUGCUGGACAUGUGCCGACGCAUGAGUCGCACCGAACGCUUUGUUAUGAACGUGCUGAAAUCACUGCGCGAAUGGCUGCACAAAUACGAACUGCCCAACUGGGAGACGGGCAAGCGCAGUCGCCAAGAGCCACAGCAGACCGAGACCGAGACCGCGAAGGAGCAGCAGCAAGUGGAUAGCUAUGUGCAGCUCCUAUUCAAACAGAAUUGCAACUCGCAUUCAAAUGUAAUCGGCUAUAGUACGGAUGCCUUGGCACAGACCUGGCCAAGCGCCACAGCCGGCGCCGCCUUCAUUCGGCUGAUCAGUCAGCUCAUGUCCAAGCCGUCGAUUGUCAUCUGGAAAAGUAUUUUGCACAGCUUUGCCGAGCUGCUGGAGCCGAAUACAAAGGCCGUCCUGCCGUGCAAUCUAAAUUUUGCCAUCGAGCUGCAGGCGACGUUGCUUUCGCAAUACUUGCUCGGCACUCGGCUAGUGGAGCAUGUGCAGCAGCAUCAUCUGGAAGUGGAGCAACAGCGCAAGCACACUGUUCAAGUUCUUCAGCAAUUCGGACGCCACUUGCUGUCGCUGGAGCACAAUCGACGCACGAUGAACGUCUUCCUGGAGUGUGUGGAGCGUGCGAAUAACUUUGAUCUGCUCCUGGCCUACUAUUGGCCAGAUGGCUUGGCACCGAUGCAAUCGGACCCGGCGCUGCCGCAGCUCCAGCGUUUUCUCUCCAGCGACGAAUGGGAGCUGAUACAGCAGCGAGUGCAUAACUUUGGCAAAUCUGUGUGCCGACAGCGCUUGCAGCGUCUCGAGCUGCAGCUCACACAAGCCGGCUGGCUACUCCUGCCCAAUCAGCGGCUGGAGCCGUGUCCGGAUGCAUUGGUGCAGCUGCUGCCACAGCAGCUCUUCAGCCACCUGACACGUGCCCAAAAAGAAAUGCGAUUGCAGCAGCAGCAACAGCAGCAGUUGCCCCAUCUUCUGGAGGAUGUCGAGUGCGUGGAGCUGCUGACCAUGCAGCUGCUGCAGCAGUUUGUUGACAGCUUGAAGCUGGCCAAGAUCAAGGGCAGCCUGUUGGCCAAACAGCUGCCACAGGCGACAGAUGAAACAGCCCUGGCACUAACACUGCGCGAGAGCUGUGAGAGCACAAAGCAACCUGCGCUGCCGCCUGCAUCCACGCAAGAGCUAAUUGAUGCACUGCAGCAGCUGCCGCUGGCACAGCUGCAAAGCAGCAUCAAGCUACGCCUCUGGCUGCUCAUCUUCACGCUCUACCAGGAUGUGCGACGGGCCCAACUGUUGCAGCUAUCCAAUCAGCUGCUCGAUCAGCUCAUAGAUCUUUUGCAUUUUGGUCAACCUUUGCCGCUGUGCAGCCAUCUGCCAGAGCUGUCGCAGCUAUUGCAGCUGGUGCCGCUCAAUUCCAACUCCAGUGCCUGGCGUUUCUAUGAGAUGUUCUUUGGUCGCUGCAUACGUCGCCUGACGCCCGGCAGCGAUGUCUUUCUGGCUAGCUGUGCCUCGCUCUUCCGCGAGCAGCUGCCACAACUGUCUGCCUCGCACUGCCGCCUGCUGCUGCUCGCCAUUGAGACGCUGGCCAGCGGCACCGGCAUGCAGGCGAGACGCAUGCAGCGUCAUCUGCAGCCGCUGCUCGAGAUCUAUGGCCAGUUUGUCAGUCACAAGUUUCGCUCGCACAAAAAAUCGCCCGCCGUCUACAAGGAGUUUGUGCAACAGACACUCAGUGGCUAUGCCAUCUAUCUGAGCAGCUGCAUCAACCGUGCGGCCAAACAGCAGAAGGAGAAUGUCGACGAGGCUAAGCUGCCGGCCACAGCGGAUGCUGUGCAGGCCAUCGAUGAGAACUUUAGACGUAUUUGCAAAAUUUACAUAGGACAUUCGCUGAAUUAUCGUAAUGCCCAUGCCAUACGUCUGCUGAAUGUGGCCUUAACGCAUCGUCAGCUGUUGCAUUUGGACCUGGACGAGAUCGAGUUUGUGCUGGACAGCUAUUGGCGGCAAUUGAAUGUGGAUAUUGCAGCCAGCUCAGCGCUGGACAUGUCCAGCAUUGAACCCGCCGUCAAGCUAAUCAUUGGCUAUAAGACGAAUGAGGAUUUCUUGCUGCUGCUGCGACGACUGGCACAGCAGCUGGAUGAGAUGCAGCGGCCAGAGACACCAGCGCAGCAUACGAGCCUGCAAAAUGUGCUCGUCCUGGUGACGCUCUUUGCCAAAUGCUCGCUGAGCAGCAUCAAGGGAGCGAUGCUCAAUGAGCAGUUUGAGCUAAUCAGCGGCAAUGUUUCGUUGCGUCUGCCAGCGCUGGGUGAUCCCGCCUAUUGCAGUCAUGUGCUACGCCUGCUGGAGGCACAGCGUGCCUUGGCCAGCAAUCGAACUGUGCCGCUGACUGGCGAAACCCUGGACUCGAUGCUGGGCAGCAUGUUGGAUCUGAAUAUCAAGCGUUUCAUUACGGCCGGCGGCAGCUGGUUGGACUUUCGCCAGCUGCACGCUUUGCUGUCCGAGAACUGUUUGCUUCUGUUGCGCCAACAUGCCACACUCAUGUCGGAUCGUGCCGCACAGCUGAGUGCCAUCUGCCAGGAUCUGGUGCAAUCGAUUGUCUGCUAUCGCAGCGAGCGCAAACAUGCGCAAAGUCUGACGGACGACGAGCUGGACGGCCUGGCCGAAUUGGCACUGAAGCUAGUGACGCUCAUGGCGGGCAUUGCAGCGGGUCCACAGGCCUUGGCCAUGAAGCGUGUGGCACCGUUUCUGCUCAUCUUUACCAUUAAGCAAAUGAUUGGCACCGAGCGACCCACGACGCUCUUCGAGAAGGUCAAAUUGCACUUGGAUCGCUUUUGUCACGAGCUAAUCUCGAUCUGUGAUCAUCGCUCGGGUCACUUCAUACUGCGCGCCAGCAGCGAGGCAGGCGCACGCAUGUAUCAGAGCCUGGUCAAGGAGCACGACAAAUACCACAAGUUCCGUGGAAAGGUGUGAGGAGGAGACGCAAGCAGUAUCAAGGCUUGGGCUUAUAGAGA